AUGUCUGGGCGACGAGGCGGCAACCGCAUUCGCGGACCACAGAGUGCACUCACAGACUUCCUUGCGGCCAACAACAUCUCGGCAGCACAGAUCCGCGACGACUACGAGCGUAGGAGAACGCAAGCCGAGGCACAGGCAACUGGGGGCGCAGAAUCGUCAACCCAGGCACCUGGCGCAUCGGCAGCUGAAUCCCCUGUGGGAGAGACUGAGGAGCAAACAGAGGCCCGCACGAACAAGCGGAAGCGGCGCGAGAAGGAUGCGAUAGACAAGAUCAAGAAUGACAAGGCGUCGAAGAAAGGUCCUAAGAAAAAGCAGAAGAAGAAGCAUGAUUCGGACGACUCUGAUGAUGAAUACGAUGUUGCGCAGGACAUGUACAGGAAGGCUCGACCAGCGCCAGGGCAGUUCGAGUACUGCGAGGUCUGCAGCAAACGCUUUACGGUCACACCAUACAGCAAGGAGGGUCCAGAUGGGGGUUUGCUGUGUACGCCUUGCGGGAAGGAGCUGGCGAAAGACAUGAAGCAGGAGAAGAAGGCUGCGAUGAAGCCGGCUGGGAGGAAAAGACGUAAGCUGGAAAGUGAUAGACUGGAUGGCAUUGCGGCCGGGGGUGCGAAGUCGUUGAUGCAGCUGUGCAUCGAGAAAAUUGCAGCACACCAUGACGACGUCGAGGAGCUGGGCGACAUUCCACCGACGGUCCUCGAACGGCUGAGUGAGAUCUUCUCCAAGAAGCGGGUUAUGAAGCCCAGGACCUUGCGACUCUUCCUCCGCGGCGAUCUCGAAGACGUUGUGGUGCACGAUGCCGCAUAUCUGGAGGAGGAGGACUAUCACCAGAUGUUUGCAGUGGUGCCCAAGAUGAAGCGACUGGUGCUGGGCAACGCUUGCCAGAUGAAGGAUGAAGUCAUCGACUACAUGCUGGAGCGCUGCAAGGAUCUCAAGCAUGUCCAUCUCUAUGCGGCGAACCUGGUGAACGACAAGAUGUGGCUUAGGCUCUUCCGCGAGCGUGGGCCGAAGCUGGAGAUUAUCAAGCUGAAGUGGCUGGACGCUUCGUUCGAGGAUGCGGUAGUCCAGGAGAUGGUGCAGUCCUGUCCCAACCUGGACCGCGUCAAGUUCAAGCUCUGUCGCAAGCUGGGAGAGGAUGCUGUCGCUGCGCUGGGAGAUCUGCCCAAACUGCAACAUCUCUCGCUCCAGAUCGGUCGCGAAGUCCCGAGCACAACCCUGUGCGAAUUGGUUUCCAAGCGAGGUUCUCAGCUGCGGACGCUUUCGCUAGAGAAGUUUGUCGACGCCGAUGACACCGUCCUCCAAGCCAUCCACGACAACUGCGGCUACCUCAACAAGCUUCGCUUCUCGGAGAACGACACGGCAACCGACGCUGGCUACACAUCCCUCUUCACAGAAUGGCAGAACCCACCCAUCACCUUCGUCGACGUCAACUCCACCCGCGACAUCGACAACAACAACCCCGAAGGCCCGGAAGAAGCCAUCGGCGUCGCUUCCUCCGGCUUCCGCGCGAUGAUGGCACACUCUGGCCCUGCCUUGAAACACCUUGACAUCUCCAGUUGCCGCCACAUUGAGCUCGGUGCGUUCAUGGAUGUCUUCAAUGGAGGCCAGUCCUACCCAGCGCUUGAGCACAUCAACAUCAGCUUCUGCAAUCGCGUGGAUACGAGUGUGAUUGCUGGCAUCUUCAAGAGCUGCCCGGCGCUCAAGAAGCUCGUGGCGUUUGGGUGUUUCGAUGUGCAGGAUGUUGUGGUGCCUCGUAGUAUUGCACUCAUUGGCGUACCGAGGGCGCAGGAUGCGAUUGAGCAGUUUGGUGUGGGCAUCGACGUUGACGAAGCGAUCGGGAGGAUGGUUGAGGUCGGUGCUUGA